AUGCAUGUCAUGCUGCUCUCCUUCUGCGUCUUGGUCUUGCUUAUGCCUGGACCGUGUUUUACGGCGCCCACAUUUAUGCCGGUGGGAGAGAUCUCUCCUUCCACAGAACCACAGGUUGACUUGAAGCUGGCCACUGAAUACCUUCAACAAUACUACAACCUGCAAAAAGAGCCUAUGGGGCGCAUAAAGAGGAGCUCGCCCAUCUUCACCUCCAAGGUGAAGGACAUGCAGGUAUUCUUUGGGCUCAACGCAACAGGUGCUCUGGACUCAGACACCCUGGAGGUGAUGAGCACCCCUCGGUGUGGCGUUCCAGAUGUGGAGGAGCUCAGCCUCAUCCAGGGGACACGAUGGAACAAGAACGUCAUCACCUACAGCAUUGGCAGGUACACCCGAGAUUUACCCCGCUACACCGUGGACUCUCUGGUUGACUCAGCUUUCAGCGUUUGGGCCCGAGCCAGCGGUCUGACAUUUGUCAGGUCACACACCCGCAGCGCUGACAUCAUGGUGGAGUUUCUGACCAAUCAACAUGGAGACAUGUAUCCAUUCGAUGGACCCAGAGGCACACUGGCUCAUGCUUUCGGCCCAGGUUUGGGUGUUGGAGGGGACACGCACUUUGACGACGAUGAGCACUGGACAGCAGGAGAAACAGGUUUUAAUCUGUUCAUUGUAGCGGCGCAUGAAUUCGGUCACGCUCUGGGCCUGAAGCACUCCACGAACCCAGAAUCCCUGAUGUAUCCGACCUACAAAUCCUCCCGCCCAGCCAACAUAUUAUCAAGAGAAGACGUAGCGAAUAUCAACGCACUUUACAGUCGUCCAGGUUACCUUUCGAGGUACGGCUCUCAGUAUAACCCCCGGGUGUCAGGAUCGCUGGUGCCUCGACUCAUGCAGAACAAAUGUGAUGCAGACCUGACUUUUGAUGCCAUCUCCACUCUUGGUGAUGCCACUUUCUUUUUCAAAGAAAGAUAUCUCUGGAUCAAACACAAUGAGCAAUACGACAUCAAAGAGGGUCCCAUCACCAACUUUAUGCCGAAGAUCGAAACCAGCAUUGAUGCUGCCUUCUGGGUGCCUCGCAGAUCCACCGCUUAUCUCAUUCACGAAUCCAUGUUCUGGACAGUGAGAGGCUCUCUUGUGAAGGGAAAGCCACGAGCACUCAGUCACUUUGGGUUUCCAGCCUGGGUCCAGGACGUUGAUGCAGCAGUGCAUGUAGUGAAAACAGGACGCACUCUCUUCUUCAUGCAUGAUAUUUACUGGAGUUACAAUGAAAAUCGAAGGGUUAUGGAUUUCGGUUACCCGAAGUACAUCAGCGAGGACUUUCCCGGAGUCAACGCCACAAUAAAUGCAGCUUUGUAUAAAGACGGUUUCAUCCACUUCUUUGUCGGAUCGCAAGUCUACAAAUUCGACUACACCCAGAAACACGUCGUCGGGGUUGAGAAAGCAAAUUCCUGGCUGGGAUGUUGAAGUACUGUAAAUCUCCACACGUGCAACGUGGUUUACCUGUAAACCUUGAUUAAAUUCAACCACGAGAAGAAGGAGAAAAACU